AUGAAGAAUCACGUUUCCAUCCUUGCCGGACUCGGCACUCUCGUCACCGCAGUGCUAUCCCAGGACCUGCCCCCGCUUACAUCGGAUGGCCUCCGUGCCCUCAUCACCGCCGAUGCGCUCAUGGCCAAGGCCAAAGUCCUAGAGGACCACGCCUACGCCACAGCCGCGCGGAACAGAUUCGUCGGCACGCCCGGGCUGGAGGCGUCGCUGCAGUGGGUCUACGACACACUGACGGCCCUCGACUACUACGACGUCAGCAAGCAGGAGUUCACCGUCAACAGGGGCGGGUCCGCCUCGUUCUCGGUCGCCGGCAAGACGUACGCCGCGGCCACGUUCGACGGAACCCCCGCCGGCGAGGCAAAGGGCAAGGUCGUGCCCGUCGCCAACCUCGGCUGCAACGCCACCGAUUUCCCGUCGCCCGUCUCGGGCGCCAUCGCGUUGGUGGCGAGGGGGACCUGCAGCUUUGCCGACAAGGCCCGAUUGGCCGGCGCGGCGGGCGCCAAGGCCGUGGUCAUCUACAACAACGUCGCCGAGGGCGCGGCGGCGGGCGGGCUCGGCAGCGGCACGUUUCCCCCGACCAUCGGCAUCAGCCAGGCCGAUGGGCGGGCCCUCGUCGCGGCGGGCGAGGCCCAAGAGGGCAGCGUGUCGGUCGUCAUCAACACGGUCGGCACGUACAAUAUCAUCGCGCAGACGCGCGGCGGCGACGCGGCCAACGUGCUGCAGCUCGGCGCGCACCUCGACAGCGUCGAGGCGUGUCCGGGCGUCAACGACGACGGGUCGGGCUCCAUCGGGGUCCUCGAGACGGCCAUCCAGCUGGCAAAGUUCCAGCCGCCCAAGAACACGGUCAGGUUCAGCUGGUGGUCCGCCGAGGAGGUCGGGCUGGUCGGGUCGACGCACUACGUCAAGUCGCUGGCGCAGGAAGACCUGAACAAGAUACGCCUGUAUCUCAACUUUGACAUGAUCGCCUCGGUCAACUGGCUGUACGCAAUCUACGCCUCCAACGGCACGGGCUUCGAGGGCAAGCCACCGCCACCUGGCGUCGUCGAGGCCGAGAAGAUGUUUCAGAACUACUUUGUCGACGUGGCGAAGCUGAACUACACAAGCUUUGAUCUCCGCAAGGCCAGCGACCACGGGCCUUUUAUCGACGCCAAGGUGCCAACAGGCGGGCUGUUUGCAGGGGGGUCGGAAGCCAAGACUGCGGAGCAGGUUGCUCUGUUUGGAGGGACUGUGGGUGCUCCCUCGGACCCGGAGAAUCACAAGGCUGGCGACAAUGCAACAAAUGUUCACCCCGAGCCGUUUGAGGCCAUGACCAAGGCAAUCGCCCACGCCGUCGCCCUCUAUGGAAACAGUUUUGACAGCCUGCCCCCGAGGUCGGCAAGUCUUGACAAGCAAACUCGGGAUCUGCAGUUUGGCGAAAUGAAGCUUCCGGAGCUUCUCUGCGGGUGCCAGCAACCAGUAUCUCUGGUAUAA